GUCGCCGCUCGGCGCCCGCGGCGAGCGGGCCGAGGCGAAGUGCGGGCGGACGCGGGGAGCGCACGGGGACGCGGAGGGGGAGGGGGGGGGAGCGGCGGCGGGGAGGAGCGGAGCGACGGGAGGCGGCCGGCGGGGCGGGCACUGCCCCUCGCGGCCAUGUUAACCAAGAAACCCUCAGCGAGCGCCGCCGCCGGCGCUGCCUACCCGGCCGGCAGGGCAGGGGACAGCGGCCGUCCGCUGCAGUCUUCCCCGGGCGCCGGAGCCGGGGUCUCCCGGGCAGGAGCUGGGACCGGCCCGCCGUCGCCCCUCGCAUUGCCGCCGCUCAGGGCCAGCAACGCCUCCCACACGGUGAGCCCGGGCGCGGGGAGGGGAUCGGGGUGGUGGUGGUGGUGGUGGGGAUCCACGGGGCGCCGCCGCCUGUCCCGCCCCGCGGGGCGCUCGGGACCGGUGCUGCGAACUCGGAGCGGAGGAGCGUGUGGGUUGCGGGGCCGGCAGCCCGUGACCGCGCUGCGGAGCGGCUCCCCCUCCCUGCAGCCCCCCUUCGCUCCGCUUUACGUCUCGUGGUCGGUUGGAGGCAGUAAGCACACAAUGAAUGAGCACCUCCAUGUUGGUAGCCAUGGACAAAUCCAGGUUCAACAACUGUUUGAAGAUAAUAGUAACAAGAGGACGGUUCUGACAACACAGCCGAAUGGACUUACAACGCUAGGCAAAUCUGGAUUGCCAGUGGUUCAGGACAGACAGUCAGAGAGUGCUCACAGACGACAAGGGAGCUCCAGCUCUUUAAAAUCUACAGAUGGAACAGGGAAGGUGAAAGCCUCCGUUAUGACACCAGAGCAGGCAAUGAAGCAAUACAUGCAAAAACUAACAACUUUUGAACAUAAUGAGAUUUUUGGCUACACUGAAAUAUACUUUUUGGGUCCAAAUGCAAAGAAGCGGCAAGGUGUGAUUGGUGGUCCAAACAAUUGCGGGUAUGAUGAUGACCAGGGGUCGUACAUACAAGUACCCCACGAUCAUAUUGCAUACAGAUAUGAAGUCCUGAAAGUUAUCGGGAAAGGAAGCUUUGGGCAGGUGGUGAAAGCCUACGAUCACAAGAUGCAUCAACACGUGGCACUAAAAAUGGUGAGAAAUGAAAAGCGUUUCCACCGCCAAGCUGCGGAAGAAAUUAGGAUUCUGGAGCAUCUCCGGAAACAAGACAAGGAUAACAACAUGAAUGUUAUUCACAUGUUGGAAAACUUCACAUUCCGCAGCCAUAUCUGCAUGACAUUUGAAUUGCUGAGCAUGAACCUGUAUGAAUUAAUAAAGAAGAACAAGUUUCAGGGCUUUAGCCUGCCUUUGGUCCGCAAGUUUGCCCACUCCAUUUUACAGUGCUUGGAUGCUUUGCACAAAAACAGAAUUAUCCACUGUGACCUUAAACCUGAGAACAUUCUGUUAAAGCAACAGGGCCGAAGUGGUAUCAAAGUGAUCGAUUUUGGCUCAAGUUGUUAUGAGCAUCAGCGUGUCUACACUUACAUUCAGUCACGUUUUUAUCGCGCGCCUGAAGUCAUCCUUGGUGCUCGUUACGGGAUGCCCAUCGAUAUGUGGAGCUUGGGAUGUAUUCUAGCAGAGCUUCUCACCGGCUAUCCACUUUUACCUGGAGAAGAUGAAGGAGACCAGCUGGCUUGUAUGAUUGAGCUGUUGGGCAUGCCUUCCCCAAAACUUUUAGAUUCAUCCAAGCGAGCCAAAAACUUUGUGAGCUCUAAGGGUUAUCCCCGCUACUGCACCAUCACAACCUUGUCCGAUGGUUCUAUAAUACUGAACGGUGGACGCUCUCGGAGGGGAAAAUUACGCGGCCCACCAGAGAGCAGAGAAUGGGGUAACGCAUUAAAGGGGUGCGACGAUCCCCUGUUCCUUGACUUUUUAAAACAGUGUUUAGAAUGGGAUCCUGCUAUCCGAAUGACACCCAGCCAGGCUUUGCGACAUCCCUGGCUAAGGCGACGGUUGCCGAAGCCUCCGACUGGGGAGAAGGCCUCAGCAAAGAGAAUUACAGAGAGCACUGGUGCUAUAACGUCGAUUUCCAAGUUACCUCCGACUUCAAGCUCAGCUUCAAAACUGAGGACUAAUUUGGCACAGAUGACAGAUGCCAAUGGGAAUAUUCAGCAAAGAACAGUAUUGCCAAAACUCGUUAGCUGAGUUUGAAAAACCCAAUGCUGUUAAUACGAGAGAUACAAUGUGGCUGAGCCUUAUUUGUAUGAAAAAAAAAGUAGCUCAGAUAUACGUUUUUAUUUGCUCAAUAACUUUAUUCAUUUGUAUCUUUCAGCACUCAUUUUAAAUGUAAGAAAUGUUGAUUUUGUUUUUAUAAAAACAUGGGGACAAUGCUUUAAGUUUUUAUACUUAUUUUUUAAAAUGUUUGUCUUCUACAGUACAAAUAGCCUUACUGUAACUAGUGUGACACAGUAAUAAACAUCAGUGGCUGGCCACUGGUUACAACGUGACUGUCAUGCAUUGCAGCGUGGUGUCGAAGGUAUUACCUUUCUCUUCCAUGGUUCAUAGUAAGUUUCAACUGGGGUAAAAUUCUAAGACUCUAACUGUACGGGUAUGGGUCUUGAUCCUGCAAACAAUAACACUUAGGCCUGACUGGACUCCAGGGAGAAUGCAGUUAAGCACCUGUAAACUAGUUAUCUGAAGUGGAGCCGUAGCAUGAAGUACUGUCAUUUUCUAUAUGGUAGCCCAGAAAAAAUGUAGUGGUAUCACUUAGUAAUGAUGCAGUCACCUCCUGCAGAAUGUUUUCUCUAAUUCAUAAUAAUGGUUUUGAUUAAAAUAUGCAUUUAAAUAUAAUGCAAAAAAAAAAAAAAAAAAAAGAAAAAUUCAAACCAGAGAAACAAAAAAAGAACUUCUAGGGCUACAGUGACUUUCACCUUACAUGCCAUGUGCUAGAGUUUGAAGAACAGGCAGACUCAGAAUGGCAAUGGAGGUGUGUCUGUUCCUCUAAAUCUGAAAGUUGUUUCUUAAACCUGAAGUCGGGCAAAGCAAAACAUUCUGGACUUCCUUUCAGGUCUAUAACACUGAGCAUUCACACUGGGUUUCUCUCAAUUUUUUUCCUUUUCCGUUUUCUCUCUUAAUACACAGCUUGGCUUCCUAAGUCACAUAGACACAAGUGCUUAUUUUUUCAGUUUUAUACUGUAACUUCCAGACUGUUAACGCUACAUGAAUUUCACAGGUUGUUUGUAUUUUCUCUGACAAUGUCUAUCUGAGCAGUUGUGACCUCUUCGGUACAUUUACACUUCAGUUCAAAUCUGUACGUAGGGACAAACACUAUGUUAUUGUAUGGUUUUCUGUAGAGAAGUACUUGUCAUUAGCAUAGCUGUAGAUGCAGAGAUCCUCUUUGGAAAAAUGUUUAAUUGAUGGACACCAUCUUAGAUAUUUACUAAUACAGCCAAAGUAUCAAAGGAAAGUUAAAUGAUUGGAAUUUGAAUUGAUCUUUGAUAUUUGUAGCUGAAAAUGACUUUGAAGGAACAGUUAGGAGUACGCGUAGAUUUGUUCACGUGUGUGCGUGCACUGAUGUUUGGCUUUUCAUUUUUUACUUUGAACUGUAUUCAUGGAAGAAAGAUGGUCUUUACUGAGGAAUAGUGUCUAGACCUGCCUGAGAAAUAUUCACGCAUAUUCAGCAUGUUUUCAGCAGGAACAGUUGGAAAUCUAAGACCGAUACUUCAUCGCAUGCAAUGGCUGUGGUCUACACUGGAUGUCUAAAACAACAUAUGAAAAGGGGAUUUUAAAGAAAGUAGAAUACAAUCUGGAAGGGUUUGUGGAUGUUACAACAAGAGAGACCAGAAUGGAUUGCAUAAAACCUCAAUAACUUUACUAUAAACAAACAUUAUAUGCACAGAUCUUAAGUUACGUGUACAGAUGAUUAAAAACACUUAAAGCAUGGUCCCCUGAGAGGCCAAGAAAGUUUCCGGUUAAGUUCUACGCGUUCAUUAACAUUUACCACUGACAGCCUGAUUUUGUUUGUUUGUUUGUUUUAGUUUGUUUCUAAUUUAAUGUAAGACUGGGGGAAGGAUAUAAACAUGAAAUGACAGAAUUCUCAGGAAACAUAUCACUCAACUUCUUGCCAAAAACUCAACACCUAAAGAAGCUCCAAAAGUAGUUUCUGAGUAAUUGUUGGUUGAUAACUGUAAAAAGUAGAGCAUCAAUCAACCAUUUUUAGUACUUCUUUUUUUUUUAAUACAAAAGAGUGUUUCCUGCCUCUAGUCAAAUUAAAUUAUUUAGUGUUCAAUGUUCACAACUUUAUACAAUGUGUGUAAGUGCAAUAUAUAAACAUGUAUGAAAUCAUGUUGAAAAUGAAAUAUAAUAAUACAGCGAAGAAAAGUGGCUUUUGGAAUACGAAUAUCCAAUAAGUUAUGGUCAGUAAAUCCUAAGUCUGGAAAAGAGAUAUAUUAAUUUUCAUAACUGACUCCCAUGACUGGGAACACAAUACUGUGUAUUUUUCUACGGUAGCUGGGAUUCUUUACUUCCUCCACCAACUAUUUGUCUUUCUACCAACUACAGUCCUUUCUACCUUAGCUCUUUCUGCAAAAGUUAAGAAGUAGGGUUACUAAUGUUAGGGAUGGAAAAAGAAUCACCUCCCCCUUAAUAUAUUUUAAAGAAAAUCUUGAUACAUGUUCCUGCUUUUCAUGACAAUGGAAGGCGAAAGCAUUCAUAAUGUUCGUGGGUCAUUAACGGGCUAAAACCACUAAAUUUUCUUUUCCGUGUAACCAGUUCUUAAUGCCAAUAACGCAUUUAUGACCAACCUUCUUCAUAAAUGCUACCGGAAACUUUAAGGCCAAAAUAUAGUGUGCAGAGCUAUUUUUUUAACCCAAAUAUAGUGGAAUUUCCUCUAUAAUAAAGAAGGAGCUACAUCAAGGUUUUAAAGUUAUGUAGCUGCUUUUUAUUGUAGCUUAUUUAUACCUGUAAAAAAGGAGGGAGGGGGGGGAAGGAAUGUUGCCUCUUGCUUUGGUGUGAUUUUAUUAUAAGGGCUCUGAUAAUUAGGCUGAUAGAAGUUGGCUUGGAAACAGUGCUUAGUCUCACAUGUUACCAUUGUCUGGAGAUGUCUGAGCUAUUUUCAGAUUUAGUAAUAGCACAGUGUUGUCUUGUCUUUGGUUGCAGUCUCACUUGGCUCAGUUUCUUGCACCACUGGAGUGUUCAUUACUGAUGAAGUGUAUUGGAACAACAGAGUGAUGCAAGAUGGGUAGAUCAACAGUAGAAGAUGGAUUGUGCCCUUGGUGUUAACAAUGUGCCUUUUGUUACAAAUGCCAUGUUGUAGGGCAUGCAUCUUGGCCUCUUUAGCCCCUUGAACACUGGGUAGUAGAGUUGAAAUCUAUUUUUAAAUGCUAUACAUGUCUUAAAACAUCCUGUAGAUUACUGAGGCCUUAAUAGAAACAAUAAGGCAAUCACACUGCUAGGGUGGAAAGGACACUCUGGUCUUGUAGUACGUCUCAUUAAGGGGUUAAAGAUGGCCCUUCCUUAUUGGUUAUACUUUAACAUCAAAUUGAUUUUUUUUUUUUUAAUACAUUUUUGUUAUGGUGACAUUAGACAGAAAUCAACUGUAUUUGUAAAAAUUUACCUCAAACUCUUUAAUUUUAUAGUGUGAUUUAAUCCCAGGGCAUUUGGUAUGAACCAAAGUGCAUUCCUUUUAUAUGUGCCUGGCUCUUAUAAAGGCGGCCAGGGAUUUUUACAAUUUGGGUGCAAGGCACUUAAGCCACUUUUAACUUGGUGGGUGGUUUGGAGUUAGAAAUGACUUCAUGGGAAUGUUGGAAACACUUUAGACAUAAGUAGCAUUGGGCAAUAUUAGAAUCUUUAAGAAAGAGUGUGCAUUAUUGAAUGCUCGCCAUUUUUUUAGUAUUUUUUUUCCAUCGAUAAUAUUUGUGAUAAGUACAAAAAGAACUCUUUAUUUUAUUUUUUUUUCCAGCCAUUAAAGAUUAGAAUAUUGCCCAUUUUUACGCUAUGGUAGCAUUGAAAUAAAACAAACAAACAAAAAAAAAAUUGUGAAUUAUUGUUUCUAGGGGCUUGUACAUCUGUGCUACAAAUUGUAAUUACUCGGUUGAACUGCUACAAUUACGUCUAAGCAGUAGCUUGGGUUUUUAUUGGGCAACGACUUAGACACGUGACUGUAAUAUGCUGCAACUGUGUGUACUGAAAACGUGAAAAACGAUUGAAUGUGGACUGUGUAUAUAUGUAUGUAUAAUUUUCUGUGAGAUGCUGCUGUUGCCACUUAACAUUAAAGAUGUUGUAGUGGGUUUUAAUCCUAGUGGCCAGUUUUAUGAUACUGUAUGUAUUGUACAGCUGAUGACAGGAGUUAAGACUGUUCUAGUGAAUAUUUGUUACAUUUUAUUGUUGUGGCCAGAGAUCAUUUCAGAAUAAAAUUUUAUGUCCUACUUUA